UUCUCUCUCCUCUGUUCUUUUUUAGUUUCACACUCUUCUCUCUCGUUACAUUCAUUGCACAAAGCAACAAGUCUGUUUUCAACACCACACCCCAACAUUCCCUUUGUUCCCAGAUCAAUGCUUUUCUGUUUUUUCUUCACACCCAUGAUCCGGUUUUUCCCCAAAGCAUUUCCAUGCAUUCUCCUUUUGUUUCUGUUCUCUUCGAUGUCCUUCACUUUAACAGAAGCUUAUGAUCCACUUGAUCCAAAUGGAAAUAUCACAAUCAAAUGGGAUAUUAUAAGCUGGACACCUGAUGGUUAUGUUGCUGUUGUUACAAUGAACAACUUCCAACAAUAUCGUCAUAUCUCGGCGCCUGGGUGGUCACUAGGAUGGACAUGGGCAAAGAAGGAGGUAAUAUGGAGCAUGGUGGGAGGCCAAACCACUGAACAAGGGGACUGUUCAAAAUUUAAGGGAACCAUCCCACAUUGCUGUAAAAAGAACCCAACAGUUGUGGAUUUACUCCCCGGAACGCCUUACAAUCAACAGAUUGCUAACUGCUGCAAAGGUGGUGUACUCAGCUCAUGGGCACAGGAUCAACCCAACGCAGUUGCAUCAUUUCAAGUCAGUGUGGGUAGAGGUGGUACCACUAACAAAACUGUUAAAUUGCCAAAAAAUUUCACCUUGAAAGCACCAGGACCCGGUUAUACAUGUGGGCCAGCAAAAAUUGUGAAACCAACACAAUUCAUACAAGCAGACAAAAGGAGAGUGACUCAAGCACUCAUGACAUGGAAUGUGACAUGCACAUAUUCACAAUUUCUAGCUCAGAAAACACCCACUUGCUGUGUCUCCCUCUCAUCUUUCUAUAAUGAUACUAUUGUACCCUGUCCAACAUGUGCAUGUGGCUGCCAGGGCAACUCAUCUCAAUCAGGGAACUGUGUAGAUCCAGAUUCAUCACAUUUGGAAUCAGUUGUCUCCAACCAUGAACCUGGAAAGAGUAAUAUUGCACCUUUGGUUCGAUGUACUAGUCAUAUGUGCCCAAUCCGAGUUCACUGGCACGUUAAGCUUAACUACAAGGAGUAUUGGCGUGUGAAGGUCACUAUUACUAAUUUCAAUUACAGGAUGAACUAUUCUGAUUGGAACUUGGUUGUUCAACAUCCAAACUUUGACAAUCUGACCCAACUUUUCAGUUUCAACUACCAGGCAAUAACGCCCUAUGGGUCAAUAAAUGAUACAGCCAUGCUUUGGGGAAUUAAGUUCUACAAUGAUCUUCUCAUGCAAGCUGGCCCUGUUGGAAAUGUGCAGUCAGAGCUACUUUUCAGAAAAGAUAAAUCAACUUUUACUUUUGACAAGGGAUGGGCAUUCCCUCGGAGGAUCUAUUUCAAUGGUGACAUCUGUGUGAUGCCACCACCUGAUGCUUAUCCAUGGUUACCUAACACUGGUUCUCGGCAAGAGGUUUCUCUGCUAGCUUUGAUGAUGACUUCUUUGGUGGCCUUGGUAUUUUAUGCAAAUGCUUAAAGUUCCAUGCCACACAGUUUGGCAUCAAAAGAUUUUAGUCUAACCAGUUUUGACCCAAUUUUGGGAUUCCAAUUUGGAAUUUGAACCAAGCAGGAGUAUGACAUGCUGUGACAAGUCAAAAGUAGCUCAGUUGUCCUAUGAUUUGUUGCUAAGUUUCGGUAUUUGGGGCAAUUGAAUUUGCUAGUACUAUAUUGUUAUUUAGUGUACUGAUGUAAUUAUUGGUUUUAGAUCUGUGUAUAAGAAAUAUAUGAAGGUAUACACGGAAUGAAAUAAUUCAUAAACAUAUGUAAGUAUUUGACAU